AUGCGCGACGGUGGGAGCCAACUGGCUGAUUUCGUUCCUGCAGCCUUGGUGCGACCAGCUGACGGGGUUGGGGAGAUCACGACCACUGGAUUCGAAGUUGCUGAUUCCGACGCUUCUGAUUCCGGCGCGGAUUCCAACGAUGCAGAUUUCAGCGACGCAAAUUCCGCCAAUGCAGAUUUCGUCGCAGACGAUUCCGUCGCAGCAAAUUCCGACGCUGCGCAUUCCGACUCUGAAAGUUCCGACGCUGCAGAUUCCAACACAGCAGCUUUCGACGCUGCAGAUUCCAACACAGCAGCUUCCGACGCUGUGUCGUCGCGAGCGCACGCGUGGUUGCAUUCCGUGGCGGCGUCAGCGCGAUGGUCAUCGUUGGUGCUGUCGCAGCAGUUGGUCGCGUCUGAGGUGCUGCAGCGGGCCGUCACGGCGGAAGAACGACAAUCGUCGCUCGAUCCGCUGCUCGAUGAGUCGCUCACCGGCUGUACGCGCCGUGAUGCCCUCGAGUUCUCCCUCCCGAGACUCUUCCAGAAGCUAAGCGCUGCAGAAUAG